CUGAGGUCCAGCCAACUAGCCAACUCCCACAGUCUGUUCGGUCUCGUCUUACAGUUCGUGUGCUUCAGGAAUGGCCCGAGCGACGCAGCCCCUUCCUUGGCUGGCGGUGCUGGCUGCGCUGGGCGUGGCUCUGUGUGGCGGCGCCGCGGUGGACGACCCCUUCGCAGUGCCCGAGGGCCUGCUCAUCGGGGCGGGGGUGUCUGCCAUCCAGACGGAGGGAGCCUGGGACGAAGACGGCAAGGGCGAGAGUGCCGUGGACCACCUGCUGCACUCGGGCAAGCUCGCCGCCUUCGGACUCAACGACUCGCACCCGCACGACGUGGCGGCCGACUCGUACCACCGCUACAAGGAGGACGUCCAGGCCGCGGCCUCGCUGGGGCUCAAGCUCUACCGCUUCUCCAUCUCGUGGUCGCGAGUGCUGCCCGACGCCGUCACGAGGAACGAGAAGGGCGUGCAGUACUACCACGACCUCAUCGACGAGAUCCUCAAGCACGGCAUGACCCCCCUGGUGACGCUUUAUCACUUCGACCACCCUUGGAUACUAGAGGAGGAGUUCAAAGGUUGGCAGAGCGAGAAAAUGGUCAACUAUUUCAAGGACUUCGCUCGACUCGCCUUCACCGAGUACGCUAGCAAGGCCAAGCUCUGGAUAACCGUCAACGAGCCCAACAACUGGUGCACCUACUUCCCCAACCUGUUCCUGCUGGCCGGCAUGUACACGGCGGCCGACAUGGACCAGUACGCGUGCAUGCGUCACCUCAUCCUGGGCCACGCCGAGGCGUACCACAUCUUCAAGGACGCCGGCCACGAGGGCCAGGUGGGCUUCUCGGCGCUCCUUUACACCGCCCGCCCCAACUCCACCCGCAUCGAGGACGUGUACGCCGCGGACGCCUUCAACCAGGUCAACACCGGCGUCCUGCUUCACCCGGUCGUCUACGGCGACUACCCGGAGGUCGUGAAGGAGCUGGCCGGCAGCCUGAUGCAGCCGUUCAGUGAGGCCGAGAAAGAGCGCAUUAGAGGGACCUCGGACUUCCUCGCCUGCAACGUGUACUUCGGCAUGGUCGCGAGCUACACCACCGACGGCAACAGCCCCGCCAGCCAGAUACCCCUCAUCGGCCCGUUCUUGUCGGUCAUGCCCUUCGUGAACCCGGCGGUGGUUGGCACCGACUUCCUACACAUGAACACCAUGUUCAGCUUGGUCAAGCCCGACGCGAUACGGUCCGCAGUGCUGUGGGCCUGGAGCCAGUACAAGCUUCCGCUGGUCAUUUCCGAAAACGGCUUCGGUGACAUUUAUGGACUGGGCAAGAAGGAUCGCAUCCGAGGAGUUUAUCACAGUGCUUACCUGCGCUCGCUUGUAUCGACUAUGAAAGAGUUCGGCAUCAAGGUGAUCGGCUACUGCACUUGGAGUUUGAUCGACAGUUUCGAGUGGACUGCCGGAUACAGUCGCCCGUUCGGUCUGUUCCACGUGGACUACGAGGGAGGCAGCCUGGACCGUAGCCCGAAGGACUCGUCGCAGUUCUGGAUCGAAUUGGCCAAGACGGGGUCCGUUCCCCUGUGGGAGGAGGACCUGGCCUCGUCGGGUGCGAGGUCGGCAGCGUCUGCUACACUGCUGCUUCUGCUAGCGCUGCUAGCCUUCUGCUUCUGAUCUGUUUUCAUUUCGGAAAUGAGUGAACAUUUACAUUUUUUCCGGAGGCCUGUCAAGAGCGCGUUACCUUAAGCGUUUAUAAUCGUUGUUUCCGCAUCUCGUCAAGAGCUACGGAUUCAAAAGUUGUGCACGGGGUGGCUAUCAAUUAAUCAAUUUAAGACGGAGUCAUCCCUUUUUAUAAGUUAUCUGCCUGGCCGCUAAUGAGAUAAACGGAAAACGUUAAUUGCGCGAGUAGAAUGUCAGCGCGUCCUAAACCUAGAGGUUCAAACACUCUUAAAAUUAAAAGCACAUUGUCACAGUUCAGAAUAAAUGUUCAUAAUAAUUUUAAAUUUAAAAUAAAAAUA